AAAUAAUGAUUUGGUUCUCCUUUCUUUUCAGUUGGUAACAUUCCUUAUGAAGCUACUGAAGAACAACUCAAGGAGAUCUUUGCUCAGGCUGGUCCUGUAGUUAGUUUUAGAUUAGUUUAUGACAGGGAAACUGGUAAGCCAAAAGGUUAUGGCUUUUGUGAAUAUCAAGACAUUGAAACAGCACAAAGUGCCAUGCGUAACCUCAACAACUAUGACUUCAAUGGGCGACCACUGCGUGUGGGUGUUGCUGCUGGUGAACAAAACAAAGAAGAACUGAAGAGUAUGCAACAAGCUAUUGGUGGGCCUCCUGUUGAAAGUCCUUAUGGGGACCAAGUAGAACCAGAAAAGGCACCAGAAGCAAUAUCAAAAGCAGUUGCCAGUCUUCCUCCAGAGCAGAUGUUUGAAUUAAUGAAACAGAUGAAGCUCUGCAUUCAGAACAAUCCAAAUGAGGCUAGAAAUAUGUUAUUACAAAAUCCACAGCUAGCGUAUGCUCUGCUUCAAGCUCAGAUUGUUAUGCAGAUUGUUGAACCACAAGUAGCUACGGCAAUGCUUCACAGGGAUUCCAGUCAGAUUCCUCCAUUAUUACCUUCAGUGAAUGCUCAGAAUGAAAGUGGCUUGGGUAACACAGCAACAACUAUGUCAUUAGCUGCCACUUCAGGGGCCAUAAAUAUUCCAGGUGGAUCACUACAAGGAACUACAGCACCAGUUGCUACUUUGAAUAAUUUAAUACCCAACUCUCAAGCAGCUAUACCUGGUCCCAAUCCUGCUGGCAACACUGGAAUGCCUCAAAGGAUGAUGAAUCCUAAUAUACUGGCAACAGAAAGGCCAUCAGCUCCUUCUUUAGAUAAUAUUGUAUCUCGAACUAGCAACAUAGCUCCAUUGGAUGUUGAUUUACGAGUCCGUCCAGCAGAAAUGGGAGGACAUGCACCACCUCCACCUCCUCAUUUUGCUGAAAUAUGUCCACCUCCUAUUCCUGCACCAAGAAUGGAACUGAGAGAUCCCCGUGUUAUGGAACCAAGAAUUCCUCCACUUAGAGAUUUUCAAGGAUUAACUCAAAGUGUUCGAGCACACCAGUUCCCUUUUAACUUCCCUAUAUUACAGAUCCCAGGCCUAGCAGCGGCUGCUGCCGCUGCUGCAGGCAGUACUGUCAAUCACAUGGCACCUGGUAUCUCACCUCAAGACGAAGAAAAGGCUGCUCUGAUAAUGCAAGUGCUGCAACUAACAGAUCAACAAAUUUCUAUGUUACCACCUGAACAGAGACAGAGUAUUCUUAUUUUAAAGGAUCAAAUUGCCAAAAGUGCUCAGACCUAAACAGUAUGAAAAUGUCUCCAAAGGAAGGUCCUUUCCAUCUGAUCAGCUAGGUGCAGUGACCAAAUCUCCCUCAGACCACACCCUACUAUCAGAAUAAAAGAUGGAAUGCCUUUGAUUAUAGAUCUGUUUGAUGAGGGUAAAUCUGACCCUUAAGUAACUACAACAUAUGAAAAAAAUCCUUUUUCUAUUCUGUUUCUAAAAAUAAAUAUAUUUGUUAUUAAAAAA